AUGUAGCCACAAAAUGAGAACAAAGCAGUGAUACAAAACCUUUAAGAGAUGAUAAAAAAUCAAGCAGAUAUGAGUAUUUUCUUAAGACAAAGUCAAAAACUUAAAGUGUUGCUUACUAUUCCACCGAUUGAAAGAACAGAUGGCCAUAUAAAAGAAAUCUGUAAUUUAGUGCAGGUUUGUAAAAAAAACCAAAUUUAAUUUCUACUUAGAGGGUCAAAUUUCUAUCGCGAUAUCGUGAGAAGCCUUAUUACAAUGAUUUGUGUCGUAAUUUGUAUGUAAAGACAUUCCAAUAAGGAAAAACAAUUUUCAAAUAAGGAGAUACUGGAACAUGCUGUUAUGUUAUCUUGAGUGGAGUUGUUAAAAUAUAUGCAGAUGAGCCAACCCUUUUUCCAGGAUACUUUUAAAAGAGAGAAGUUGCUGUAUUGGGAAAGGGAAAUUGUUUUGGAGAAAUCGCAUUAUUUUUUGGAUCAUAAAGAACAGCAACAGUGAUUUCAGAAUCAGAAUGUGAUUUGAUAAUGUUAGAUAGAGAUGUGUUUUAAAAAUAUAUUUAGGAAGAUUAAGAUGCUUUUGAUUUAUAAUCAAAGAAUUUAAAGGAUGUUAGACGUUUCCUAAAUAAAGUUAAACAAUUUAAAAUUUUUACUUCUGAAGAAAUUACUUAAAUAAGUACUAAAUGUAAAAGAUUAAAUCAUCAAUAAUAAACAAUAUUAUUGAAAGAAGGAGAUGUAGCAAAAAAUGUUUUUAUAAUAAAAAGUGGAAGAGUUAAGGUAUUAAAAAAGAUUGAAUUGAGUGGUUAAUAUUAUGAGAUAGAUGAAUUGGAAUAAGGAUGUGUAUUUGGUGAUUAUAGUUGUAUAACAAAUAGUAAAUGUGAAUAUACAUACAUAACAUCAAUAAGAAGUGAAAUUUUAAAUUUGAAUGGUUUUGAUUUAAAACAAUAUGUGUAAAUGGAGAGAUUGAAUAAGUAUGUUGAAAAUAUAAAGUAAUAUCCAGAGAGAGAGACACUAUGUUAGAUGCAAAUAGAGGAUAUAUAGUGGAGAGAGUACAAAAAGUAGUUAAUUCAGAAUUUAGUAAAUGAUAAAUAGAACAGUCGUGGUUUUGAUAGAAGGAUGAGAUUACCUGAAUUAAGAUAUAAAUUAAUAGAUGCUCCUGAUUAAUAGAUAUAUUAGAGAACAUUGUAAGAGAAUGUAAUAAGAAAUGUAUUAGUUUAUUGAGAUAGGGUUGUCGAACUCCUUAGCAUAAGAAGUUAUUCCGUAGAGAGAUAGAAUCAUUACGUAAUUAGAUAUCUGCAAAGAGGAUGG